CAAUGAGACGCCAUUCUGGGACGGGUGAAGCGGAGUCGCUGGGGUAUAAAAGCGCCACGCAAACUCGGUGGCAGCAUCGACCUUCCGUCCAGACCUCUAGCCAUGGCCUCCAAGAUCGUCAUCGUCCUCUGCUUCGCGCUGUUCGCAGCUGCUGUGGCGAAGAGCCGCUACAACGAUGACCAGUUGGACGAAAUCAACAGCCGCAUCGCCAAGUGCCUGCAGCCCCUGCCUGCCGUGCCCAAGGGAGGCAUUUACCGUCCGAGCGACGACUGCCGCUUCCGUGCGGGGAUUACUCCAAUCAACGAGCAGAGGGCGACCAAGGAGAGCGUCAUCAACCCGAUCAUCGAGUGCCUGUCCAAGGCCGGCAUCCAGGAUGGAGCAGCCUUCGAGACGGCCAAGCAAUGCCUCAAGACACAGCUGUCGAGGCCUCUUUGAGGGGACGCGUCAAUUCUGUGCCCGCGUCUAAUUUCUCCAAAAUAAACAGCCUGCAAUUAAAUGGGCUAACUAAACUGAAACGUAA